GCCUACCGUGUCCGUUUUACUGACACCAAGUUGAAUGUUUCACCCGAUUUCCAAUUCCUGUAUUAACUUUAGACGAGCAACAUGCACACCAUAACGUCCCCAGCAACGUCGAGCGCAACACUAACGAUGAUUGCUAUUGACGACAUUGAAGAGCCCACUGCCCCCAAACCAGUUUAUCACCCACCAAAUUUGGAUAGACCAUUACCACCUCUUCCGCCUCCUGAUGUUCCGCCGCCACCAUAUGAACCGUCUGGACCUCCUCCUGUGUAUGGAGACGUGCACAAGAGACGGGAUCGUGUGUGGGGUGGGGCCGUGGUUGGAUUUGAUCUGAUCUCCUCGUUCGUACUCCUCUUCCUAACACUUGCUCAAUUGACAACGUCUCCGAUAUCCCUGUCGACUGCCGGGGUGAUCUUACCUUUUGUCUAUGUUGGAGUCGCUGUUUACGGCCGGAUAGCAUUUUCCAAGAUUCGCUGUCCCGCUAUGAUCCUCUACACUCUUCUCUACACACUCCGCAUCAUAGCCGAUAUCGCUGGGAUAACCCUCUUCAUUUCCCACCAAACAACUUCUCAAGGAGGUCAACAAGGUGACGGCGCCAAGAGGAGUGGCUAUUCUCCAUGGAUCGUUGAGGCGGGACGUAUACCUGUUGUUGGAUUGCGGGUAGCGCAGUAUGAAGAGGCAGGGUGGUGUACAGGUUGUGCUUGGAGAGGAGGUGUCUGGGGUGGUGUGUUGAUGAUACAUAUUGCAUUGGGAGCUCUCCUGAUGAUUCACUCACACGCCCUUUGUCGGUCGUCUGAAGAGCAGCCGUCUGUGGUGAAUCAGGAGCCUCCAUUGAGGGCGCCUAUAUCGACACAGCAGCAGAUGAUACAUUUUGACAACAACAUUUUUAGACCUCGGCCUUUAGUUCCUGGGGGUGGUAGAACGGUUCAGGAAAGAGUGCAAGCGGCGGAAGAUGACGAUGACCUCCGGCCUUUGGCGGAGAUUUUGGCAGAAUUGGAGGAAGGGCGUCGGAUGGCUGGGGUUACGGUGCGUUCUGGUGACCGUGGUGCCAAUUCUAAUGCAUAGUCUUGAUUGUAAUGUUGUGUGUACCAUAUUAUGGCAUAAGGUGGGAGUAUGGAUGAUGAAAAGUUAGUUUGUAAAUGUGUAUGAUUGUCUAUGUCAUUAAAUGUU